AUGCUCUCCUCAACCCGCACAACCACACUCUUCCUCACAACCCUCCUCCUAUCCAGCGUCUCAAACCUCGUCAUCGCAUCUCCAGUAUGUCCCAAUAAUGGCAAUAUCACUACUACAGCCUCAUACACACCUUCUCUCACAAUCUACGCUCCAGUGCCUACAUCCACAAUCUCGGGGUAUCCUUCAAACUCAAACACAACUGCGAGCACAAGCACAAGCACGACGUUCAUAACAUCACCCACUGGGACGAACAUAUCAAACGGAACUACUGCGUCAAACUCAACUUCUCCAUCAGCGACUGGGAGACCAGUUUCGCCUAGCACGACGCCAAUUUCGACUUCCGCUGCGAACUCGUUGAGAGAGUAUGGAUUGAGCUCGGUUGCCCUUGCUGCUGUUGUUGCGGUCGCGGUUGCAAGUUUGUAA